UUGGAAGUACAAAGGGGAGAAAUCAUGAAGGAAAAGAGGAUGAGCUGAAAGUAGCAGGUGCUGAUGCUUACUCAGGUAAGAAAACAGAGCAGCUUGAUCUAUGUUCACAUACUGGUAGAAUUGUGAGAGAAACUAAAACGGAAGUUUUGGAGAGAAGAAAGAAUUGAAAAAUAAUGGUACGAGACACACUGGGGCUAUGGGAGUUUGCAGGUAAAAGGACCUUGCAUGAGGUUGGGAAGCCAAAGAAUAAGCAGGGAGAUCUGUCCAUCCGAGUCCUGGGGUUUUACAUUUAUUUGCUGCACCUGUUUUGUAUGUCUAAAGCUAAAUAACUCCAACUUGCUACAUAAUAUUGCUGCAUUGGGUCACCUCUUCAGGAAACACUUCUUCAGUACGGCACUGAAGCGGUGGAAUUAUUUGUCUUUCUGCAAAGACAUGGCAUGGGAUCUAGGCCAGGGACUUGCUCUGAGACUCUGGUGUGUCAGGAGAUCCUGCAGAGGCUGCUAGAAGCCAUGGUUCUGUAGGUAUGGUACAGUUUGGUGUCCUGAGAAGUUUUAGUAAUGGUUCACCAAAACCAGGUGUGAUGGUGUUCUGCAGAGUACCAUCAUGCACCAAAAGCACUAAGUGGGAAUGAAGAAUGUGAGAGGGUGGCUGAGUUUAAACUGCAGAUCUUGAACUGUGUCACUUCAUUAAGCAGCUGAAGUUGGCUGCUGCAUGAGGUCUGCUUUUAGGCAAUAAUUUUUUUUUAGCAUAUUUUUUAUGUGUUUAGUUGUAGGACUUGCAAAGUAGGUUUAAAAAGUAACUUGUGUAACUGGUUUAUUAACUCUCUGCUGGCCUUGAGCAUUCCUUUCAUGCAUGCCCCAGAGUAAAUGAGAAUAAAGCACUGCCUGCUGCUACCUAUUUUCUGUCUAGGUGGUUGUUUGCUCUUUUGUUGCGUUUUUUAAAACAAAAAACCUCUCCAGCCAAGAUACUUUCCCUGCAACAGAGGCAAUGUCUUACCACAGAGAAGUCAAAUUUAGCCAAUGAAGUGUGAGUUGCAGCAAGUAGAGAGAAGCAGGGGUUAAAUGGUAAGUUUUAAUGCAGUUCAGAUGAGCUCUCCUGCCACCUGUUUGCACAGGUGCAUGGGAUAAGUUGUUGUGUAGCCAUUAAGGUUUUUGGAAGCUAGGAAAAGGGCAGUGUUGAACCUUCCUCUAGAACUAGUAAAAAGAAAAUUGAUAUUUUUUUCUAACUUAUUUUUAUUAUAAUAUUAUUCUAGAGAUCUUAUCAGAAAGGAGACUGCAAGCUGCGCUUAUAGGGCUAGUUUAACUCAUUUGAUUGUUGCGCAGUGCAGCUGCUAGUCCACAGAAGUUAGCACAGCAAAAAGUACAUGUGGCAAUCUUGUUUGUUGGCUUCCUCUACCCUACAGCCUGUCAGAGCCCUGAGAGAGAUCCCAGCUGUCACAGGCAGUCUUCUCCUGCUGAAGGAGCAGCAAACUUAACUUGUCUUACAAGGGAGAAGGCAUGCCAGUGACUCCUAAGAAAAUUUUAAAAACUCUAUUGCUUUCUCUCAAGUAAUUUUUCUGGGACGCAUCAAUUGUACUUAAUGUAUGUGAUGGCACAGCCAUUUUCUUCAGUGCUCUUCUGGAAAUCAUCAGGUUGUGUUCGGAUCACAGCAACUUAUGGCUGGCAGAUAGUUGCUGUAAGGCUUGAAAACUUGGUUGGAAACAGCAGCUGGGUGGGUGCUCCAACACGGUGGGGCUUUCUGGAAGAUGACCAUAGAGGGUAUCCCAGAACCUUCCUUUGAAGGAGAUUCUUUCAGUGGAAGAGAUCGAUUUCUGUUUCCAAGCUCUGAAACAUCUGUUACUUUUUCUGUUGCUGCAGCACCCAUGCCUUCAGACUGUGAGUUUUCCUUCUUCGAUCCCAAUGAUGCAGCGUGCCAAGAAAUACUUUUCAACCCCAAAACGUCCGUUUCCGAAUUGUUUGCUAUCUUAAGGCAGUGGGUUCCGCAGGUCCAGCAGAACAUUGAUAUUAUUGGCAACGAGAUCAUUAAAAGAGGCUGCAAUGUGAAUGACAGAGAUGGACUGACUGAUAUGACUCUUCUGCAUUACACUUGCAAAUCAGGGGCUCAUGGUAUUGGUGAUGUUGAAACGGCGGUAAAAUUUGCAAUGCAGCUCAUUGAUCUGGGUGCUGAUAGCAGCUUACGCAGCCGCUGGACAAAUAUGAACGCCUUGCAUUAUGCUGCUUACUUUGAUGUUCCAGAACUUAUUAGUGUUAUUUUGAAAAAUGCAAAGCCAAAAGAUGUUGAUGCUACCUGCAGUGAUUUUGAUUUUGGAACAGCUUUGCAUAUUGCUGCAUUUAACCUGUGUACAGGAGCUGUCAAGUGUUUGCUGGAACAUGGAGCAAAUCCUGCCUUCAGGAAUGACAAAGGGCAGAUCCCAGUGGAUGUGGUUCCUGAUCCAGUAGAUAUGCCACUGGAAAUGGCAGAUGCAGCAGCUAGUGCAAAAGAAAUCAAGCAGAUAUUGCUGGAUGCGAUGCCUCUGUCAUGUGACAUCUCAAAAGCCAUGAUUACAAACUAUGAUCAUAUCACAGGCAAGGCCAUGCUUUUAUCACUUGGCCUGAAGCUGGGAGAUCGUGUCGUUAUUGCAGGACAGAAGGUUGGUACGUUAAGAUUUUGUGGCACAACGGAAUUUGCCAGCGGGCAGUGGGCUGGCGUAGAGCUGGAUGAAGCAGAGGGAAAGAACAAUGGGAGUGUUGGAAAAGUCCAGUACUUCAAGUGCGCACCCAAACGCGGUAUCUUUGCACCUCUCUCUAAAAUAAGCAAGGCUCAUGAUCACAAGAAAACCUCUGUACGAAGUUCUUCCACGCGAUCUUCACCUUUGAUCAAAUCCAAGAAAAUAGACGUGACGCACAUAACUUCCAAAGUGAAUUCUGGCAUAAAUAAGUCAAGAAAAUCCAGUGGUUCUGAAAACAAAUUCAUGACUGUUAACAGGGGGAAAACUGUACCUGCAAAAGGAGGUUUUCCUGAAUACAGCAGCUCUUCCUCUUCUACUACCUCCUUAGAAGGCAAACAGAAUUACUCUAAGAAGCGGAGCUCAACUGGCAGCAGUAAAAAGCCACUGACUAGAGUGUCUUCUGCUUCAUCUAGAAUUAGUGCCGGGUUGUACAGUUCUUCUCCAGCUACAAGGAAAAUCCCUUUUGAUGAGAGAGGAAUUCAGGUUGGAGACAGAGUACUGGUAGUAGGACAGAGAACAGGCACUGUUAGAUUUUGUGGGACGACAAAAUUUGCACCAGGAUUCUGGUGUGGAAUUGAACUGGACAAGCCUCAUGGUAAGAACGAUGGUUCGGUGGGCGGUGUCCAGUACUUCAGCUGCCUUCCUCGCUAUGGAAUAUUUGCACCUCCUUCUCGCGUUCAGAGAUUAACAGGCUCAAUGGAUUCUCUUGCAGAGACUUCAUCGAGUAAAAUAAAUCACACUUUUCCAGGUUUUAGACGCAGUUUAAGCACAACUUCUGCAUCUUCACAAAAAGAGAUAAGCAGAAGAAACUCCUUUGUUAGAUCCAAGAGUUCUGUGUCACGGCACAGCUGGAGUCACCCCAGUACAGCCACCACGGAAGCACUGGUGAAGCUGCACGAAGGCUCGCAGGUUCUUCUGACCAGUUCCAAUGAAAUGGGCACCAUCAGGUACAUUGGUCCGACAGACUUUGCACCAGGGGUAUGGCUUGGCCUUGAGCUGCGAAGCGCCAAGGGAAAGAACGAUGGCUCUGUGGGGGAGAAGCGUUACUUCACCUGCAAGCAGAACCACGGGGUCUUGGUUCGACCUAGCAGAGUAACCUACCGGGGGAUCAAUGGGGCCAAGCUCGUGGAUGAUAUCUGCUGAGCCAGAAGAUGCUCGGACGGUAGGAAACGUUUGAAGCACACAGGAUCCCUGUAUAGAAUGCCAACUUAUUUUUAAAUGAUUAAACCUGCAUUUAUAUUUUACGUAUAGAUAUAUAUGAUUAUAUAUAUUUGUAUUUAUAUACGCACACAUACACAGAUACACUAAGUACAUAGAGAGAGAUAUAUAUAUAUAAGCUGGGUGACAUUAAGAAGUAAAACUGCUGUUUUAUUUCUCUUAAUGAAACAGCUUUUACCUGGGAAGUAAUUCCAAAAACAUCUUGCCUUUGAGAUGCUGUGUUAUUUGAAUCAUGCUCCAGCUGGAGAACACAGGUAUACCCAAUGUUCUCUAGAGUUGCUUUGUGAUUCAUGCAGUAUUUAAACGAUUUUCCUCUGUAGUAAUGAACUGAUAAUGCUUUGUGCAUUGCCUGCUUUUGAACAGAGGAGGUGGUUAAUGAGUGACAUUAGUCUGUUCACCAGACACUAUGUCAAUUUCAAUACCAGCUGCUAGCAAUAAAAAAGCAAAAAAAAAAAAUAAGAAAACCCCUUUUUUUUUUUUUUUUCAAGCAGUUGUGAGAUAUUUCUACAUUUUAUCAUCAGAUCCCUCCUCUUCUUUUUCUCCUUCCAUUAUCUCCUCCUGAAUCCAAAAGGGCUGAUAAAUAAAUGCAGGUACUUGCAGUGAUCCUAGCAAACAGCAAGUAAAUAAAAAGCCUUUAAAAAGCACAAAUGUAGUGCAUGUCAGGUGGUAAAUAUAUUGUAUGCAUUUUAGAAGAAGGUGUGUAUAAGAAGCACUCCUUAAAAUAAUGCACUUUGCACUCUCCUGGAGAGCUCUCCCUCAUUUAUAAAGGUAUUGCUCUGUUUGGUGUGCUGCAGGCUACGGGUAUCAUAGUUUUCAAAUGCACAUAAAGCCUGAGAGGAGCUACGCAACACAGCUGUCCUGUAGUCUGUAGAAAUACAGCAUGGCCAUCCCUGCCAGCAGUCUGGGUUAUGGGCUGGGUUUUCAAGCAAGCUAUUAACACUUUAAUUAUUUUUAUUUCUUUUUGUUUUCUUUGGAACGGUUUCCGGUGUAAAUUUUUUGUAAGAGUCUUAGGAUAAAUUAAGGGUAAUGUUAAGUACACCACUGUAACAGAAGUUGAUGUGACAUCACUUGCAUAUCAGCCUUUUUUAAGAAUGGCUUGUUGUUGUCCAUGUUUUAAACAUGUAACGUGUUGUAAUUGAUCAGCAUUUGUCAACUUUAUCUCACUAUUAUCAGGGUGGUUCUGUGUUCCAGAAUGAUCAUUUUAUUCUUAAAUGAUCUGCUUGCUUUUACCUACUUGAAAUAAGAGACACUUUAAAUGAAAUUAGUAUGCUAUUUUUAGACAGAAUUCUGCUGCUAUUAUGUUAUUUGAAAUACUACUGUAGCUAUUUUUCCUUGGCUGUAUUUAAAAUACUGCAUAUUGUAUUCUAGCUUAUGGGAUGUUUUUAAUUGAGUAUGAAAGUUGUAAAUUUUGAAAGUAAAAAAAAAAUGCUUUAUAUUUGAAGAUAUAGCGAACUCAGCGAUGUACUGAACAUGAAUUUGUCCAA